UUUACGCUUGUGUCUGAAAGGGAGCUAAUUCCGUGUUGCACAGGUGUUACGCACAUUUCCGCCAAACCUGUUCGGUAAUGUGUUGCUGUCCCGCGGUGAGUGACAGUGGAGCUUAUCGUUGAAGGUGAGUUUCCAGACCCAGCUUCAGGUGUGGACCGACCGCAGCCCCGGCCAUGCUGCUCCCCCUCCUGGUACGUCCUCAGGUGUUGUUAACGCGAUGCGUCCGGACGUUUCGCUGCAGCGCUCCGAGGACGCUGCACUCUCAGGCUGAGCACCUCCUGCGGCGGAGGCUUCCCCAGCGCGUCCACACUCCGAGCCGAGGCGCCAAGAGCCGAAACAGGAAGUCCAAGAGCCAGGAGGAGGAGUGGAAAACCAGGAACAAGACGGUGCUGACGUACAUCACCGCCGCCGGGGUGGGGAUGAUCGGCCUGUCGUACGCUGCAGUGCCGCUCUACAGGCUCUACUGCCAGGCGUCGGGGCUCGGCGGCACGGCGGUGGCCGGCCACGACGCAGAUCUGGUGGAGACGAUGAAGCCGGUGAAGGAACGCGUCCUCAAGAUCACCUUCAACGCAGAUCGGCACGCCAGCAUGCAGUGGAACUUCAAACCGCAGCAGACGGAGAUCUUCGUGGUUCCAGGUGAGACGGCGCUGGCUUUCUACAGAGCAAAGAACCCCACAGAUAAACCAAUCAUCGGCAUCUCCACCUACAACGUGGUCCCCUUCGAGGCGGGGCAGUACUUCAACAAGAUCCAGUGUUUCUGCUUCGAGGAGCAGCGUCUGAACCCUCACGAGGAGGUGGACAUGCCCGUCUUCUUCUACAUCGACCCGGAGUUCGACGAGGACCCCCGGAUGGCCCGAGUGGACACCAUCACCCUGUCCUACACCUUCUUCGAGGCCAAGGAGGGUCAGAAGCUCCCUCUGCCCGGAUACAGCUACAACUGAUCCGUCGACAGCUGAGACGAUCGUCCAGAUUCUGAACCAGGAGCCUGAUUCUGGUUCAGAACUCGGUCCGAGGAAACGCCAGGUGCAGACUGUUUGUUGAGACCGAAGGACGUUCCUCACUAUACGAGUGGUGCGUUUAAUCUGGAACUCAGCAAGAAGAAGAAGAAGCUCCGCCAUACUUGUUGUUGUUCCCCGUGUCUCGGAGUAUCGGAGCCACUGUUGGGGGGAAGCGAUUCAGAGAUUUUCAGAAUAAAGUCGAAAAAUUUCAAGAAAGCGUUUUAAUAUUUGUCGACAGUCAGAGGCCUAACGUCGUAGUAAAGAGGUGCAGCCGGUCAGCUUUUACAAGUUACAGCUUUCACCAAUAAGCUCCUUGUUAAUAGAGAUUUUAGGAUAUUGAAAUACAGCGAAACAUGACGUAUGAGUCAAUAAGACGUCGCCGAGGCGACCUGGCGUCCUGCAGGCAACUGUGAAGGGAUUACAGCUCUGAAGUAACGUGCCGGCAGCCGGAAUCCGCCUGCUGCGCGGUCGGAGUUGUUGCCCCGUUCGAGGCUGCGUGCCGCUCUGCAUCGGAGGCAUUUUCCAAACCGCGUCCUCGUCUACAGCCGCGACGCGGAGCAGCCGCCAGAGUCCAGACCGCAGCACUCGGACUGAUCUGAGAAUAACACGCGCCUUUUGUUCCGUCUUCAUAACGCUGCAACUUAAUUCUCAAAAUAUCAGAUCAGAUUAUUUUCCCAACAGUGGCCCUAAUGCUCCGUCGUACAUCCUGGAAUUGUUUAAUGCAGUCAUUGAAAAGUCCUGGAAAAACUGACUGAUCCCAGAAACCUCUUGAAACGAGUUUUUAAAGUAUUAGUCUGUAAAUUCCUCUCACUCCGUCGGCUGAUGUGUUAAGGGAACUCUUUCUAAGGAAAGGGUGCGUUGGAUUGGUUUUUCACUUGCAGGCGUUUGUUUCUCUUCGCUCGUGGUCGCGGCGGUGAGACGAGGAACAGACAGAAACUGAAAACUGUGUUCUGCUGCCUGAGAGACUUUAUGGAAAUCAGUAAAUGUGUGAUUUAACAGCCGCCGAGGCUUCUGACAGUUAUCGCAGCAGAUCGUUGUUCUAAAGAUAAAUCAAUAAAUUAUGACUGAGUCUGAACUCCUGCAGAGAUUUCGCUGAUUUCAAACAGCGAGAGUAGAAGAAGAAGAAGAAGAAGAAGUCGACCCGAGCGACUGAACGGGCAGAUUAAACAUUUAGGAUGUUUGACUUCCUGAUGGAAACGGAGACGUUUCACCAAAACAUCUUGAGGAAGAAGGUGAUACUCUGACGGUUAAAACACGUUCAGGUGUUUUUCUUUCUUCCUUCUUCCUUCCGUUCACUGUUUAUUUAUUCAUGAUGACGUCCUGUAGUUAAAACUAGGUAAAAAUAAAACUGACCUGAAUGACUGAGAAA